CUCUCCCUUCCUGAGCGCCAGAAAGGGGCGGUUCCGCGCGUGGGCAGGAGAAGGAGGGGGCCGAAGCAGCGUGGCCGGAGCUCUCGAAACUACCCGGGCAGUUCCUGCUCCUUGCGCGGGAGCCACCAUGACCAGCAACGGAGCAGGCAAUGAGGGCGCCGUUCCGGCGCGCAACGGAGCCCCCGGCGCCCUUCCGCCGGCGGUGAAGCCCUUGUUGCUCGGCAAGAGUUACGACGUCUCCGGCAAGGUGAUGCUGCUUGGAGAUUCAGGUGUGGGAAAGACCUGCUUCCUUGUCCAGUUCAAAGAUGGAGCCUUCCUCUCUGGGACCUUCAUAGCUACUGUCGGGAUAGACUUCCGGAAUAAAGUGGUAACAGUGGAUGAUGUAAAAGUGAAACUGCAGAUUUGGGACACAGCUGGUCAGGAAAGGUUCCGGAGUGUAACACAUGCAUACUAUCGUGAUGCACAAGCUCUCCUCCUCCUUUAUGAUAUCACCAACAAAGUCUCCUUUGACAGUAUUCGGGCUUGGCUCACAGAAAUCCAUGAAUAUGCCCAAAAGGAUGUGGUUAUCAUGCUCCUAGGUAAUAAGGCUGACAUGAGCAGUGAGCGAGUUAUCAGAACAGAGGACGGGGAAUCCUUAGCCAGGGAAUAUGGAGUGCCUUUCAUGGAGACUAGUGCCAAGACCGGUAUGAAUGUGGAACUGGCAUUUCUGGCCAUCGCAAAAGAGCUCAAGCAACGAGCUGUGAAGCAGCUGGACGAGCCCAGGUUCCAAAUCCACGACUACAUUGAGUCAGAGAAGAGGCGGUCCAACUGCUGUACUUUUCUCUGAAGGAAGAAGAUACUAAGGCAGUCUGAAUGACCGAACACUAAAGAGACCAAGGAGCAGAGUGCCACCCAGAAGAUGCAGGGAAGGAAGGAAAGAAAUUUGGGGGGAUCUACUCCAAAGACAUUACUUUUUAGAGAAUCCUUUUAGAGACUGUACAUAAGAAGUAUAUGUCUGCUGUUGAUUGCCAUGUGUGGAUGUGAAGGAAGAGUUAAGAAUGCAUGUGUGAAAGUAUGCAAAGGCAAUCAGGUUCUAUAGUAUUACUCAGGCCUAUCAUUCACUGGUAAGAGGAAAAGUAUGGCCCACACCAAAGCAAAUCAAGCUUUUUCUUAACUCUCACAGCCCUGCACUUUGCCUUGAAAAAAGAGGGAGGGUUGACUGGGAGCUACAGAGGCGGUCUCUCCCUUUCAAAGGCCAUGGGAGGUAUUGCCCUAAAAAGCCAUGGUUUGUAUGAAUACUGAAACCAGCAGGAAUAUUCAGUCAAGUAAAAGUAGACCGAUUUCCUUUGACCUCUGGCCUUUCCUGCUUCCCACACCCAAAGAUCCUGCCAGGAUCUUGCUUUGCUUCUCCUCCCUUCCUCCCUCUGCCCAAGGAAGGGACUCUGGGGAUCUGCGUGUGUCUUUUGUCCUGGCUGGAACAUCAAGAAAAUGCUGCUGACUGGAGUUAGGUGGGGGAGAAAGAGAGAGACCACUAUACUUUUAUGACCAUAAACAAAGGGAAGUGUUAGAAAGUGGACUGUUUGUUUUGAUGGUGCGAUGAAAGACCCAUCUGGGUGGGGGGAAAAGAAAAGUCAGCAUGCUGGUGUAACAGGCCAGAAAGCCUUAGCCUCUGCCCUUCAGAUGAACAAGCCUGCUUCUGAGUCUUAUUUCCUCAGAAAAUAACCAGUGGUAGAUCCAUACUAAGAAGUGGUUGCUUCUUUGAGUUUUUGGUCCCUUCUUACAAGCACAUCUUGGGAUUCUCCAGAAGAAGUGAGCCUUUUUAUAAUUCUCAUCAAGUAUUUGAUCCCAAAAAUUCUGGAAGGGGGAAACUUAUGUUUGAACUAAGCUCAUUUCUGUCACAUAACCCUGUUUUAUAAGCACGUGUCAUUUAGAAUAGGCUGGGUAUUUCGCCAUCAUUCCAGUACACCCAACCACGUACAUUCACACCAACAGGUACAGCCCAGAGAAAACUGCAUGCAUUGGCAGCCUAUAAAUAUACAUAUAUAUAUGAAGCAUGUUUCCCUCCAGAUGAGGAGACUGUAACAUUGGGUUGCACUAGGAUUUCUCCAUAGUGAGUUGGUUCUGGAUGGCAUUCAGUGAUCCUUCUGUCCUUGACAACACCCUGCUUGCAUCUCUUUCCAUUGGGUUGGCAGGUUACUGCAAGCUGUUCCCAACAGCUGUUCAGCUUAGACAAGCUCAACCAGAUCCGUUUGCAGACUUCUUUCCAGGAGGGAGGAAGAUGGGGAGCCCUUCUUCCAGACAGUGAGGGGUAACAUAUAAACUGGUCGGCUGCAUUUGGAUGCGAGGGAGACAGCGGGGAGAGGAAAUGAUUGGUUGGGUGAGCCUAGGGCCCUGGAACAGUCUGUGAUGGGUCAGGGAUGCUUUGGUAUUAUUAGGCUGAGACAGCACAGAGAAAUAUCCAAGACCAAAUGGUUUUGUCUGCCUGUCUUCAGGUACACACCACACCGUGCAAUGCAUUUUUGACUUGAAUUUCCCUUACAAAUUUAACUUGUCACCUAGCUCACGGCUGUCUCUCUUCUUCCCUGCUUCUGGAAGUAAGCAACCAGUGGAUUGUGUCUAGAUCAGAGUUCCCUCACCUUUUCGACUUUGCAGGCUAGCGGGGGGACAGGGGGAGGAGAGGAGAUGGUUCCAUGUGAGCAGUGGGCAAGCACUCAUGUGCGCACACAAACACAGCUCCAUUUGCACAAGUGGUGGGCAUGGACAACUGCCCAUGGGGAUGCGUGCAUGCACAGGUGUGCUCACCCACCCCUUUUACGAUCUGGUUCCAAACGGCUCAAGGCCUGGAGGUGGGCUGCGGCCCAGGGGUUGGGGAGCUCCUGGUCUAGGUUGAUCUGAGCUUUGCUGAUCUAGCAUAGCACGGUGGCCUUUUGUUUCUUUUUAAAGCUCCUUUUAAUUUUUUUUUCUUUUUCCUUUCUAAAGUUCCAAAAUGUGACGUUAACUCUUACUCAGGGGUCUUCAAACUUGACAGCUUUAAGACUUGUGGACUUCAACUCCACUCAGGAAUUCUGGGAGCUGAAGUGCCACAAGUCUUAAACUUGCCUAGUUUGAAGACCCUUGCUCUUACUGAUCGUCCCCAACAAAGUGUAUCCCUCCCUCCCAUUUCCUGGUUUCUUUAAUCCGCGUGGGUUAGGCAAGAGCUAACUGUAGCCGGCCAUGCUCCUUAGACAUUAUGCGAGGCAGGUGGCAAGAAAUGGAAGCCUUAUCGCUGAAAGAGCGCUCUUCCUAGCAAAGCCCACAUAUUUGUUGCCCUGGCAGCAUGCACAGUUUCCCAGAAAAACAACAGCAAGUGUGCCAGGAUUUAAGAGAGGGAGGCGGAUUCUAGCCAAACGGAGCAUAGUUCCAUAUUGCCUGCACCUUUCCUGACAAAUGCAUGAUCUUUGCAGAUCUUUGUACAAGUUUAAGUACCUCGAGAUCAACGAAAGGAAUAAUGUUAUGGGGAAAAGAAUAUCAUCUUCAUCAUCAUCAUUGUCCUUUCCUGGAUCUGCUCAUCCUUUUUUCUCUGAUCAGAAAUUCAGCUCUCUUUUUUAAUGUCUGCACAUGUUUUCCCAUGUUAAAAUUGUUAACAGACCUGUGCAAUUGUGACCCAAUACAUGUAGGCUGUAUAGCAACAGAAGACAAUCCUUUGGGUCCACCGCACGUUAGAAAAUUUUGGUUCAUGUUUCUUUAAGAAUGGGCUGCCCUGCGCAGAUCCCCUGUUCACAAAAUUACUGAGGUGAUCUACACCUUUGCAGGCCUGAAGGUAUUGUAGCAAAUAAAUGCUAUGUUUGAAGCUGGGACAUUGCUUUGCAACAUGUCAAUUUUAUUUCUUUUUU